CGUGAAUUAGCGCGGUGGGGCGCUCACGCCUGCAGCCGUUUGUCCAACUGCUCCUGCAACAUGCACCUCUAUGGACGUUGACGCAUCACCACCAGCCAACGCUUCAGUCUUCUCAGAACCCGUCGACGAGACCUCCAUUCGUCUCCUCCGCUUCUCGCAGCCUGAAGACGGCGUCCUUGUUGGAGAAUUGCAGAAGUUCCCGCUUGCCAGCGCCCCUCAUUACUACACAGCCAGCUAUGUGUGGGGCGAGCGCAAGUAUACAGGAACGGCUAUCAACCUGAAAAGUGGAACGCUCCCAGUGCUCAGCACCCUCACGCCUUUCAUACACAUGGUCACGCGCCAUGGUGAUUUCAAGCCCACAGACUGGUGGUGGAUUGACUCGCUGAGCAUCAACCUUCAAGAUGCCCAAGAGCGUGAGAAGCAAGUGCGCAUCAUGGCGGACAUCUACAGGCAAGCCAGAAGAGCGAUUAUCUGGCUUGGUGAAGAGAAGGAAGACGGCAGCGACUGCACGAAUGCAAUCGACUUCCUGCACUACCUCUCCAGCCUGCAAAUCGCCUUCCGUGGGGACGACGAUGCUAUGCGCAGCAAUCUUGAAAACCCAGAGUUCACUGACAAGUGUGCUGCUGUCAGCAAUCUGCUCGCGAGGCCUUGGUGGACACGUGUGUGGACCCUGCAAGAAUUCGUCCUCUCCAAAGAAGCGAAGCUAUACUGCGGUGUGGCAAGCAUCAGUCGCGGAAGGUUCAAGAGUGCCAUCUACAGCAUCUUCCUUUGCAGCACCAUCAGUAACGAGUUUGAACACGAACUCGUACCACGAAAGCUGUUUGAUGGUGCUUUCAAUCGCCGCCGCAUUCAUCAGUGGCACACGAACCCAGCCUCGAUCGGCAUCAAUCUCAUCGCUAUCAUGGCUUACCUGGGCAACCACUCCGCCACCGAUAGCAGAGACCGCAUAUACUCCGUUCUCGGCUUGAUCACGGAACAAGAUCGUGCACUCGUUGGACCCGCCGAGUAUUCGACCGGUAUCGAACAUCAAUUUGCGAAGCUUGUUCGUUCGUUCUGGAGCAUACAUGGAUCUCUGGACAUCGUCUGCUUCGUGCAUUUGUUCAGCCGAGAUGCUGCAGCCAAAGAUCCAGGCCCAGACAAUGCAGUACCAACGUGGGCCCCAGACUGGAGGACCACGAUCGACUUCGCUUCUCCUGUGCCGCUCAUGGCAAGCCAAAGUGCAAGUGAACACAUCGGAAACUUCAGACCAGUUCAUUCAACCCGCUGGAAAGCGAUCUACGAUGCUCCAGGGUCGCACCUGCGAAAGAAAGCGGACAUCCAUUUCUCCGAUGACCUUAAAGAACUCUGCUGCAAUGGUGUCAUAGUAGACACCAUACAUGGGCUUGGAGGGCUCGACGCACAGGAACUGCGAUGCCAGAGCUUCGUUUGUAGCGAUACUAGACACAACUUGAUGCAGUCUGAAGAACAACAGCGCAAUGCUCCAAGAGGUACUAUGCAGCCUAUGGACUGGCUCGGGGCCAUCGCACGUUCCCUCGUUAUUGAUCGACAAGACAAAUAUCUCUGCUUCCAAGCACCAGUGCACUACGUUACCGACUUCCUCUUCCAUUGCCACGCCUGCAUCGACGGUGACCCUGUCGACUGGAGCUUCUCAACGUGGUUUGAGCACAACAAACAGCUGAAGUUUGGCGACCACACAUUGGAAGACCUCGUCGGUCAAGUCCCUUCUGAAGUCACGUCGCCGCCGCCAACACUUCACCGGCCUUCUUCGCAUCCUAUGCAUCAGCUGAACGACAAGCUCGACACCUUCCUGUCACGCUUUCACGAUACAGCGCGAAAGAAAGCAUGCAGGUUAAUGAUCACCGAAGAGGGUGUCGUCGGUAUGGCUCCGUGUCGUGCCAGACCAGGCGAUAUUGUGGCUAUUCUGUAUGGGUGCGGCAUUCCGCUCGUGCUGCGAAAGGAGGCGUCACAAGAUGCGUGGCAGGUCAUUGGCGAGGGCUACCUCCAUGGCUAUAUGAACGGCGAAAUUGCAGCUUUGGUCAAGAGAGGAAAGAAAAGUACACAGAGGAUUCGACUGGUAUAAAAUUGUUACGUUGAGAUGUGAUUCCUCGACGUACAUUGGCUAUGCGUCAUAGCUCACAGUACCUUUGGAGGCAUGAUCAGGAGUACUGUUUCCAGGAAUGAAUGUUCCUUUGUUGACUCGAGCAUUGAGGUGCACGUUCGCGCGAGCAAACUCGGACGAUAGAGCAUGGCCAUCGAUGAUCAGUUAUGA